CCUGGACAGGCCUGAGAGUGCUGUAGCAAGGUACUACUGCGUCCCCAGACCUCAGAGGAGGUGUCCUGCAUUCUCAGGCACUGCUACAAGAGGAACCUGGCUGUGAACCCACAGGGAGGGAACACGGGCAUGGUUGGGGGCAGUGUCCCCGUCUUUGAUGAAAUCAUCUUGUCCACGGCCCUCAUGAACCAGGUCAUCAGCUUUGAUGAGGUGUCUGGAAUUUUGGUCUGCCAGGCGGGUUGUGUGCUAGAGAAGCUGAGCCAGUUUGUACAGGAGCGCAACUUCAUUAUGCCGCUGGACCUGGGAGCCAAGGGCAGCUGCCACAUUGGGGGGAAUGUGGCGACUAAUGCAGGUGGCCUACGGUUCUUGAGAUAUGGCUCGUUGCGUGGGACCGUCCUGGGCCUGGAAGUGGUACUUGCUGAUGGCACCAUCCUAAACUGCCUGACCUCACUGCGGAAGGACAACACAGGCUAUGACUUGAAACAGCUGUUCAUCGGGUCAGAGGGCACCCUGGGAAUCAUCACAGCUGUGUCCAUCCUCUGUCCACCCCAGCCGAAGGCUGUGAAUGUGGCUUUCCUUGGCUGUCCGGGCUUUGCUGAGGUUCUUCAGACCUUCACCACCUGCAAGGGAAUGCUGGGGGAGAUCCUGUCUGCGUUUGAGUUCAUGGAUGCAGAGUGCAUGCAGUUGGUGGGACAGCACCUCCACCUGGCCAGCCCAGUGCAAGAUAGUCCGUUCUACAUCUUAGUUGAGACCUCGGGCUCCAAUGCAGGACAUGAUGCUGAGAAGCUGGGCAGCUUCCUGGAACAGGCGUUGAGCUCUGGCCUGGUAACCGAUGGCACCAUGGCCACUGACCAUAGGAAAGUCCAGGCUCUGUGGGCCCUGCGGGAGAGGAUCACAGAGGCGCUGAGUCACGAUGGCUACGUGUACAAGUAUGAUAUCUCCCUCCCCGUGGAGCGCUUCUAUGACCUUGUGAUCGACUUGCGUGCCCGCCUUGGCCUGCAGGCCAAGCAUGUGGUGGGCUACGGGCACUUGGGGGAUGGCAACCUGCACCUGAACGUGACCGCGGAGGCCUUCAGCGAGGCGCUGCUGGGGGCCCUGGAGCCCUACGUGUAUGUCUGGACGGCCGAGCAGCGGGGCAGCGUUAGUGCUGAGCACGGCCUGGGCUUCAAGAAGAGGGAUGUCCUUGGCUACAGCAAGCCUCCCAAAGCUGUGCAGCUAAUGAGGCAGCUCAAGACCCUGCUGGACCCCAAGGGCAUCCUGAACCCCUAUAAGACUCUACCCGCCCAGGCCUGACCACCCCGUGCCCUGGGCUGGGCUGGAGGCCUUCCAGUGGGUGGUGCCAGCCGCGGCCAUGGCGACUGUCCCUCACCAGGGGCUCGGCUGGGACUCCUGGCCUUCUUGCUGACUGGUCCUGAGCAGACUCCCUGCCUGACACCGUGGGUCAGGCCCCCCCUGUGGUCACCCUGGGGACCGGCCUUGUUUGCCAGGCUUGUGAAUUCACCCUGUGAUGGCUUCUGAAGCCCAGGAGUGCUGGAUUGGAGUGGAACUUGGCCAUCAGAUGGAGUCCUCAGCGUGGUGGCCCUGGUCUGUCAGCCGGACUGCCAUUUGCCCCUGUUCUGGCAGGAUGGAGGGCAAUGGUUUGGCUGUGGUUAUCUGAUCAGCUUGGCCCUUUUGGAUCUGCUCCUCCGGGGAGGUCCCGGUGCUACAGUGAGCCACCACUCAAACCUGUGAGCCCCGGGCUGCCCCCCGCCCCCCAGCACACCGCCCCGCCUGGGCUGAGGAGCUUGAGGUGGCUCAAGCCUUGACCUGUGCUCCGGCAUGCCGGCAGGUCGGGCACACGCGUCCUCUCUCUGGCUACCACAACGGUUCAGUAAAUGUGAAUAAUCACAA